AGAGGCAGAAAACCAAAAUCCCAUUCUUUAAAAAAAAAGGGGAAAAUGGGGCCUUCACAAGUGACCUCUCUUGUGGUCACUCUCCUAGUGGCAAUAGUCUCUCUCACAUUGCCUUCAAAAACUUCAGCUAACCACCCUGACUCAUCUCCACCACCACCGGCUUCUCCUCCCUACCACCCUAAGUCACCACCACCAUCACCAAAGCCUUACCACUACAAAUCUCCCCCACCACCUCCUCAUCCAGUUCACUCACCACCACCUCAUCCAGUUCACUCCCCACCUCCUCAUCCAGUUCACUCACCACCACCUCAUCCAGUUCACUCCCCACCACCUCAUCCAGUUCACUCCCCACCACCACCCAAGGAGCCUUACCACUACAAAUCUCCACCACCACCACCCAAGAAACAUCACCAUCACAAGUCUCCUCCACCAUCACCCAAGAAACAUCACCAUCACAAGUCUCCCCCACCACCACCCAAGAAACCUCACCAUCACAAGUCUCCUCCACCACCACCCAAGAAGCCCUACCCCCCGGUGCACUCACCCCCACCACCACACAAGAAGCCUCACCACCCAGUUCACUCACCACCACCACCACCAAUUAAACCUUACAAGCCACCAACUCCUCCAGCAGCUCACCCACCACCCGCUUACAUCUAUUCAACACCCCCACCUCCUCACCACUACUAGAUAUCGAGAAAUUAGUUGCAUCCAGAUGGUAAGGGAAGAAGAAAGGUCAGAAUAAAGAAAGGGGAUGUCGAAGUCGAACAGCGCGCCUUAUCACCACACAAAGAAGAAGAGAAAGAAAAAACGAGUCUCCACGCAGCUGCUGAUGUAACGUGUUUUAUUUAUGCGAUAUUCGUUAAGGUUCACAUAUUUCCUUUCCUUGUAAUAUUAGACAGUUGUAGGGCAGUCAUGCUUCAUGUAUUUGAUUUCCUGUUUCUUGAAAGAGAUGGUAUAUGUAUGUCGUUUGUUUCAACCUUCCAUGGAAAGGUGAUCAUAAUAAUAAUAAAAUAAAUACAUUUCCCAAA